GACUCGUCGGACGGCAAGUGUGCAGAAGAAAACACGGGGCCUAAGAAAACGCAUUGGAGAGAGAAAACAGCACAAGCGCACGAAGAACGCCCGCGUACAAACCAACAACUAUAUACAGCCCGCAUUCUGUACCAAAGCAGUGCACGUAACCACAUCACCGUGAACGACUUUCUUUCUUACGUCUUGAGUUUGCUCUUCGAUUUAGAACUUUGCAAAAAGCCUUCUUUGAGGCUGAUUAGUGGGCUAGUUGGUCUUUGUCUCAAGACUUUGUAAAUAGUUCCUUUUGGGGGUGUUUGUCUACUCACAACGAAGAUGUUAAACUCAUCUCAACGGCUGGCUGUGGCUAUAACGUGCCUCUCGGUGAUGUGCCUUGCAGAACCAAGAAGGAACUACAACAGAGUCUUUGGACCCACAUAUGGUAAAAGAACACAGAAUGACCUGAGGCCGGUAAACUAUCUUAAUUUGAUGGACGAAGAAGCUGGGGAUUCGGUAGAGGUUGAAAAGGAGCCUAUGCCAAGCUCACUAGCGUUGUACAUCGCCAACCUCUCACCAGGGAAGAGGCAUAUGUUAUCACAGUUACUUGCCAUGACAAGAAUGAACAGUGAAGCCGAGAAUGAGUGAGACGGAGACCGUCUGGCGACCGCCUCGUCUAAGUCUGGCGACUGACUCGUCUAAGUCUUAAGAACAGGGUCUUACCCUAACAACGGGGAUCAAACAAAAAACAACAAAAGUGAUUUUUUUUCGAAUACAAAAUUUUAAAUGAAUUAAACGACCUAUGCAUAGCGCAACGACUAUAAAAGGACUGAUAAAUAUAAAUACUGACGCGUUAUUCAAUGCAAUUGACCUUUGACCUUUUGUUUAUCUAGCCAACUCUGUUAUUCAAAAUUUGCAUUUUGAUAAUUAGUUUGGGUGCAUCUUUGGAUAGAUCUCUAAAAACAAAGAAACCGGAAAAUAAACUCAUAAUAAUUGAAAUGAUAAGUUCCGACCAAUAUCCAAAUUUGAAGAAAAAAAACAAAUCUUUAGAAUUAUUGAAUAAAUUGUGGGUUUGUAAGCUAGGUAGGAAGGUGUACCAUUGGUGGUUUUCGGGUAGUUUGUUAUUUUAAAUAAUCCAUUAGCAGUUUAAACUAUAAGGGUAUCCUUUACUUAAGUUUUCUUUUCAAAAUUGUUAAAAAGUUUUGUCUAAAUUUUCAGUAAUUCUCAAUCCCAAAACACAACGCGGAAACUAUUAAAAUUAAAUAAAAUAAACCGUUAAAACAACACCCCUGGACAAAAACUUCUGUGAAAAUUAAUUGUUUGAACUAAUUAAACCUUUCUCGUGAGUCUGGUACCCCGUCGUCACAUGCUUUACGGAUCUGCAUUUAUAUGGGACCAGUUUUAAAGAAACCGAAUACCACCAAUGUUACACUUUCCCUUUGAAAGACAAACUGUCAAUUAUGAGUAUUUAUUUAAAUUUUAACUAAUUAUUGUCAUUAAAAGUGUCACUGUAGAAGAUGAACUAAUUGAUCUAGUUGACAAACAAAUAUAUUAAUGCUAGGUCUUUCUGCCCUUGCUAGUUUUUUUUUUCUUUUUUUUUUUCUCCAAAGUCCUUGUUUGAGAAGACUGCGGUAUAUAGCGCUAUUUUUCUAUUAACCGUAUUGGUUCGUGUGAUUUUGCCUCCAAAAUUCGUUUCUCAAUUAAUUCCGAUCGCAACUUUAGUUUUGACGACAUGCGUUUCAGAAGUAAGUCAUAUCGGUGAGGCUAGUCCAUGUACUGUACUACGCAAGACUAGUUUAUCUGAACAAGUAUUACUUGGGUGUAAGACAGUCACUAAUUAAAGGAAACAAAAUUUGCCUGUAAAAAAACAAGUCUUUGUCUUGGUGUAAAUUUCGGAUGCGUUUGGGCAAGAUUCAGUUUUAAAAAUUCACAUUUUAGUGGCGUCAGUGAAGACACGUUGAUGUACCAGCUAGUCUUCAAAUGUUGGUAAUAGAAACAAUCCAUUCCCAAAGUUCGUUUUGUCGACUAAAAAACCACCAAUGUCGAGAAAAACCCAAAUCAUUUCGUUCAAACCUUAGAUAGCAAUAAAUAGUUUAAUUUUGACACAAGAGCUGGCCAAAGCCGCCAUUUUGCAGUCGAUAACCAGAACAACAGCCCAUUCCAAUCCGAACAAAUUAAUUAUUAAAUAUAUUUGUCUGCUUUCAGCUUGUACAUUUCUUUAAAGCGAUUAAUGAUAACUUAAUGCAGAGUAUUGAACAUUGGAGAGUUUUAAAAUUGUAGAUGCUCCUCUUAGCUUAACUCAAGAAAGGUUACGUAGUAGCACUCUAGUGUCAAAGGUCAUGCUGUAUCCACACUGACACGCCCCCCCCCCCCCACACACAACCACAAACCAUGCCCUUCUCCCAUAACUGAACGGGCAUACUCGAUAUCGGGUACAACAAUUAUGAAAACCAUGUUUUGAAGAAGCGCUGAAGUCUUAAUGCAGACUUUACUAUCAAUCUUUAUGCAUAUUGACGGACGGGUGUCUGCUAAGAUGACAAACAAAAUUCACUCACCACAGCGAAAUAAAUAAUGAACCAAAUUUUGAUGGGAGGGAUUUGCCUUCCGAACAAUCUCCAGAAUCUGCCAAGAGGGUGCUACUGCCUAUACUGGGAAGAGUGACCGAUUACCGUAGGCCCUCUACCGUUUUGCUGACGAGACAAAUUGUAUAAAGAUAAAGAAGAACAUAUUUUGUGUCUUGAUUUUUAAGUCAUGUUAUUAAAUCUAGUGAGUAAAUUAGCCCACGUACCGUCUGGCACCCUGACUCAACGCUGAACUACCGAUAGUGUUAUCGUAAUGUGCAUUUUUGAAAAACUUCUUCAAUUACCCCUGUUAAAUGUAUAGUUUAAAGUUAAUAACUUGUGUUCAAACAUUAAUGAGAGUUAGCCCCAGGGUCCAUGCGCAAAUUACGCAAACGUAAACGUAAACAUGUUACGUUGUUUCGGAUGAGACAAAUUCACAAGCUCAUGUUUACGUUUCGCGUACCUAGCUUAAUAGCAUAGAGAAAGCCCAGUGGUCCUUUAUCUAUGCUCUGUAAGCUAUAGUCCACUCUCACUCUGUCUCGGGGCUAUUAAGUGUUACUUCCUACUGCUAUACAUCACCCACUGUUUGCCUAUGUCUAGGUUGGACAUCAAAAACAACAUGUAGUCACGGAAUAAACAUGGAGUUCCAGGUAAUACGCAAACAUGUUACCUGAGGAAUUGAUGAUGUAGCGAUACUGGGCCUUAUCAUUGACUGAUCGUAAUGGCGCUGUCUAUGGUAAUUAUAAGUAUACAUCCGAUAAUUGGUUGAUAAUACUCCAUUAGGUAGACCCCCCCCCCCCCCCCCCCCCC